AUGAGUGCAAUCCAAGAUGACCAGAACAAGAUCGAAUCAGGUGAUGCGAGCAAACAGUACACGCCGGACUCAGGUUCGCACCACACGCAAGACAAAGAAGGAAUUAUGGGAGAGACUGCCGCGCUAGAGGCGCACGGGCGUGCGAAUUUCAGUCGACUCGGCUGGAAGCGGCUUACUGUUAUUCUACUUGUGGAAGCUAUUGCGCUCGGUGCUCUAUCUAUCCCUGGAGCCUUUGCUACGCUGGGUAUGGUAGCUGGGGUGAUUCUCACCGUUGGGGUUGGAUUGAUUGCCAUCUACACCAGUCAUAUCAUAGGGCAGGUCAAACUGGCGUUUCCACAUGUGGCGCAUUAUGCGGAUGCGGGGAGGUUGCUGAUGGGACGGUUUGGGUACGAGCUGGUCGGGGCGAUGUUUGCGUUGGAGCUGACGUUCUUGGUGGGAUCGCAUUGUCUGACGGGAACAAUUGCAUUUCUCAACUUAUCGAACAAUGGGGCGUGUUCAGUGGUGUUUGGUAUUGUGUCGGCUAUCAUUUUGCUGGUUUUGGCAAUUCCCCCUUCGUUUGCAGACGUAGCCAUCUUGGGUUAUAUCGAUUUUGUGUCAAUUAUGCUCGCGAUUGGCAUUACUAUUGUGUCUACCGCUGUGGUAUCUGGUUCCUCAGCUGGAGGAUUGACCCAAGUGGAUUGGUCUGCGUGGCCUAAGGAGGAUCUCUCUUUCUCGGAUGCAUUUAUCGCCAUCACCAACAUUGUCUUCGCUUACUCAUUUGCCGUGUGUCAAUUUUCCUUCAUGGAUGAGAUGCACACACCGCGCGAUUACAUCAAAUCGAUCUGGGCACUCGGCUUAAUCGAGAUCGUCAUUUACACGCUCACAGGAGCGUUAAUAUAUGCCUUUGUUGGACAGGAUGUGCAAUCCCCUGCACUUCUCUCGGCCGGCAAUCUCAUGGCCAAAGUAGCAUUCGGCGUCGCGCUACCUGUCAUUUUCAUUUCGGGAUCCAUUAACGGCACUGUGGUCGCGCGCUACAUUCACGGACGCGUAUACAAGGACUCGGUGGUGCGCUUUAUCAAUACUAAGAAAGGUUGGUUGACAUGGUUGGGUCUCAUAAGCUUCCUCACAAUUAUUGCAUGGGUCAUUGCCGAAGCGAUUCCCUUCUUCUCGGAUCUGCUGUCCAUUAUGUCGGCGCUGUUUGUCUCCGGCUUUACAUUCUACUUCCCGGCUAUGAUGUGGUUUAUGUUGAUUAAGAAAGGGAAGUGGUAUGCUCGCGAGAACUUGUUCCUGAGUGUUGUGAAUGGGGCGGUAUUCGUCAUUGGGAUUGUGGUUUUGGUGGGUGGGACGUAUGCAGCAGUGGAAGACAUUAAAAACCAAUACGCUGAAGGAACAGUCCGAGGAGCGUUUACAUGCGCACCAAUAUCAUAG